AUGACACGCGGCGCCGCAGAUCGUCCACUUUCUCUCCAAUCACUGCCCAGCGAACUGCUCCGCCUCAUCGUCGCCUAUCUCGAUACACCCACGCAGAGGAACGUCGCCCUCGUCUCUCAGACACUGCACCACCAUGCGACCGACGCCCUAUGGCAGAAGGUAUGCCUAGCCGACCAAUGGAAGCUACACGUGAACGAAGGCUGGGAACAAGUUUGGGGCGAGCGAGGGCGUGGCGAAUCCGAUGAGCAUGACGACACACCAAUUGUCCAGAAGCUGUACAUACUGGCGACGAAUCCAACCAUCGCCUCCAAAGUCCAAGUUCUCAUACAUCGCUGCCAUUUGCCUACCCCGAAUAUCUUCAGUGCGCUUCCGCGAAUGCACUUCGACGCCGACAAUCUCUCGCAAGACAAUCGAAUUCAUGUGCUCCUCAAACUAGCCAUACGUAACUUGGUCAAUGUGCAUACACUGCGGAUAAUAUAUGGGCAUUGGAAACUGACAAAUGCACUCCUUGCUGGCUUUCUCGACGGAAACCGACCACGCAGCGUGCCGCUUCGCAAGCUCUGGCUCGAGUGCUGCUGUUUCGAAAAGGAUGCUUUAUACUGGCUUCUGCCGAGCAAGGCAACCGGCCUCGAAAGCAUCCGGCUACGCAGGCUUGGGAACGAAAUGUUUGACCCGGUACAACGGCGACGCUUGAAACCCAAGGAAUUCAAACUUGCAAGAGGCGGUCGGAGACUUGAUAUGUACAAUGGUGCCGGUGGGUUUGUCCAAACUACCGUCGAUUUUUGCGACGACGGAUAUCGACUCUCUGCAAUAUGGCCUCGUCCCUCGGCGGAAGAGCUGAUUGAAAAGGGCACAGCUUUUGAUGCUGUCAUGUGGGAGGAACUUGCCGAUAUUAGAGAUUACGUUGAUGCAAAUCCGGUGGAUUUCGAGCCCACAACGUUUGGGCGAAAUGCGCCUGAUGUCACGCCUCCGCUCGAGUGGCUGAUCGCAUGCUCGGCCUCUACGCUUACAAGUCUGAAUCUAGACUGGGUGCACUGGCGCCGUUCAGAGAUAACCCCCGCCAACUCUGAGCAUUUUCUCCAUGCGCUUAGUAAACUGCGAUUUCCACAUCUCCGCGCAUUGCAGAUUCGGAAUGCAGUGCUGCCACUCACAAGACUUCCCGAUAGCGUCUAUCUUUUAGAAGACACGUUUGUAGAAUUCCUCGAGGCACACCCAAAGAUCCAAUGUCUGGCCUGGCCUAUAGACAAGGUCUAUAGCCACGUCAAGCCGUCUGUACAUGUCCAGGCUCGGUCCCAGAGGCUGGUCGCACAUCUGGCCAUGGUGCUCACCGAUCUGCGCAUCGACGCGCAGCAUGUGCCACGCGGAGAGCCAGUUACCGACGAAUCGCGGACCACUGAAGAGUUGCAAGAGCGCACGCGCCGGAGAAGAUUCAUCGCAGAGUUUGCUCCUCACAUGCGCAAAGUAGAGCAGAUCAAGUUAGAAGGCGGCAUCCCGCGCGAUGAAAAGCGCGAGUUGAUCCGAGCCCUGCACUGGUGCCCGCUAAAGAAGAUUGUCAUGAUAGGAGCAUCCUUUCCAGCAGGCAACACAUGGGGCGCCGGCGGACACCAACUGAAAGCCGUCGACCCAGGCCAAACCGGCCUAGACAUUUCCUAUGCGCUCGACGACGAAGAUAUAGAAGGCAUUCUAGCCGCGUACCGGCGAGGCUUCCCUAUGCCGCUCGACUUUACCUUUGAGCCCGAGUACGGCUGGCCACCGCAAGCACCUCUCCUGCAAACCAUUGCGCUGCACCACGCGUCUACAGUUGAAGAGCUGAAAAUCUGCGGCUACAACGGCUGCCCGAUCCUCUCGCACGCGACGCCCAUUACCAAUCCGUUGCUCAUGGGUCUGCGCUCCUACGACAACCUCAAACAGCUUGUCCUCUCCUUCUGGCUCCUGACAUGGUACGAUGGCUCGUACCGCGACCCGGAAAUCAUUCAGUCUUGGCUCGACACACGGUCUCCCUCGUCGACGGCCCUGACGGUCGUAACGCCCCCGGCUUCACCUACCCAUGACCAGCCCGUUGACCCAGGCCACUUUCCCAACUUCGGUAACGCCCGUGUUGCGCCCAGGCCGCAGGACUUCAACCGCUGGGCCGUGGCGCUCAAGACCGAGUUCUCGCCGUCAGCAUUGGCAUAUCGCGUCGCGAGGGACAUUGGGCCCUACUUGAGCCCGCUGGCAAAGGAGAGAAAAGGCGGUGUUAGAGUGAGGGCAAGUUUCUGUCUGGGUGUGCGGCAAGAGAGGGAAUGUGCAAGCGACAUUUUUGAUCUAGACAUUAGAGUCGGCGUGGGCGAUCAGGUGCUGGAGUUUGUUGGACCAAGAGAGGAAGGGGAGUCAGGCAGAUGGUGGAAGAAACUCGAGGAAAGACGGUGGUUCUGA